AUGUUCGCUCUCACCCGUGUCUGUCUGCAGGCCUACACAGGCCCACCAACCGCAGAGAAGAGCGUCAAGGCAGCAUACACACACCUACAAAGUACCAGACCUCGCCAACACACAAGCAUGAAGAGGGGAUUAAGAAAAUGUACCAUUUCUAAUGGCGUGAAGAGGAACUGUUAG